AGUUCAAAAUGGUGUCACAAAAUAUCGUUUGAAUGUUUUUAAAAUCCGUUGUAUAAUGUUGUUUUUAAUGUUUUAUUUGAUCUUCAAUCGUUGUAAUUCAAAUGGACCCUUAGGAGGGUGCAUACCAACAGGGAAAGAAGCGACCGUGCUCUUUUGAAAACUGUUAUAAAGGAACUUGAUACGGUCUCGUGUGUUUUUGCGGCGAAGAUCGAGUGAUCGACCAUCAAACGUGAUGGGUAUUCCUCGGCUUCUGCCGUUUUUGAAGUCGAUCCAGCAACCGAUUUGCAUCUCAGAGUUAGCAGGGAGUACCAUUGGGGUCGAUGCUUACUGUUGGUUGCACAAAGGAGCGUAUGGUUGUGCUUUAGAACUCGCAGAAGGGAACGACACGGAUAUGUACGUUAACUAUGUUAUGAAAAGGGUCAACAUGAUGCUGUAUUAUAACUUGAAACCCAUUCUAGUUUUUGAUGGUGGAUAUUUGCCUUCAAAAAGCGAGAAAGAGGCUGAACGGCGAAAUAAACGACAGGACUACAGGUCCCAAGGGAUUGCUCACCUCAAAAAUGGAAACCGUACGCAGGCUUUUGAAUGUUUUCAAAAAUCGGUUGAUAUUACACCAGAGAUGGCGCUAAAUGUUAUUAAAGCUUGCCGCGAGAAAGGUGUGGAUUGCAUCGUCGCGCCCUACGAAGCAGACGCCCAACUGGCAUAUCUCACGAAGGCUGGGAUCACCCAGUACACGAUUAGCGAAGAUUCGGAUCUACUCGUGUAUGGCUGUGAGAAGGUUAUCUUCAAAAUGGAUGCCAAUGGCUCUGGCCUGAUCAUCGACCUGAAGCAGUUACCAAAACUUAAGGAUUUCCGUAUGGACGAUUUCACGCACCAAAAAUUUCGACAAAUGUGCAUCCUGUCAGGCUGUGAUUACCUUCAGUCUGUCAAAGGCGUUGGAAUUGCAAUGGCUCAUAAGUUGGUCAAGAGGCACUCCACUUUGAAAAAGCUUAUCAGCUCGUUACGACUCAACACGAAGAUGAGAGUUCCAGCAGAUUACGAGGAAAGAUUCAAAAAAGCAGAACAAACAUUCCUGUAUCAAAUCGUGUUUGAUCCGAAGAGCAACAAACUCGUACCACUCAAUCCAGUGCCGGACGAUAUUGAUUCCGGCAAUCUAUCAUUCGCUGGACACAGUUUGAAAUGGAAGCAGGAACAGGCUUUGGACCUCGCUCUCGGUAACCUCAACCCCCUCACCGGGGAAAGAAUGGAAAGUUCUACGUUAACAGCGCCAAUGUCGUUUAAUGACAAUGAAGAAAAUCAUAGAAAAGAAACUAAAUCUUCCAAAUCUAUAAUCUGUCCCCAAGUAAAGAAAACGCAUUCCAGUUCUUCCGUGAAGAAAACGAAGUACGACGCCGAGAAGAAUGUGAGUGGAGCUAUCCGUAAAACGAAAUCCUCAGAAAAAGCAAAUAGUCAGUUCGUGACUCCAGUGCGAUGCAAGAGGACACGAGAAACGGAUGAACAACAAGAGCAAAGGUCAAAACUGGCAAGAUUGUAUUCAACAAUCAUGGACGACGUGACGGUGGAUGUCAACUUCGAAGCAACCGAGUCAAGAUCAGAAGUCGCUCCAAAGAUCCGAAUUCAACAACCACAACUCAAGAUAAAGCGUAAUAAUCCAUUCAGAAGUCCAGUGGUCCGGAAGUCAGAAGCGCGGACCGAACAAGUUGUGAGCCGGUUCUUUGGUCUGGCUGGGAUGGAAGUGGCGGCAAAUGAACAGUAUUUGGGCUUGCUCGAAAAUGCUGCUGACGACGAUGCUCUCACUAACUCUCAAGAUGAUUUAUCCGAAAAUAAAAUGAUAAUUACAAAUUCCCAAGGUUCGUCGUCUUCACAUGAGGACGACGGCCAAUUUCAAGAAUCCGGUUAUCAAACGAGUAGCGAAACGAAUACGCCUACCGAAAACGAUGCGGAUCUCCCCCUGACGUCUGUCACCCCACCUUUUCCAACCUUCAGUACGCCCCUCUCAGGCAAAGCCCCCACAGACUCUCCACCCCUACCCACGUUUCCAACAACGCCCACGAGCAGUCUUGAUGAUAAAACAAAGAAAUUUGUGAGUGGAGGAAAAAGAUCAGGUUUAUGUACUCAAGUGACACUGGACUUAUUCGCUUUUAAGAAAGACAGAACUUUCAAAACUGAAGGCAGUCAAAUAACGACGGGCAAAAUUUCCCCGACACGGACGAUCCUGGCCGACCGCUCGUCACCAAAUUUCAAAACGAGAAGGAAGUUUAAUGAAACUCUGGUAAACGAAGUGGACGAUGACGAUGAGAAUGUCAAGGAAAAUAAUGGAAACACUUCGAAAAACACUGAAUAUAAAGUGGAAAUAAAGCAAGAUAAAUUAAAGAGUCGAGACACGUCGAUGGCGAUAAAGCAACCAAGACUGCUCGGGCUACGAAGCAAGCCAUCGACGGGACUAGGCCGAUGUCGUGGUGUUGGGCUUAGUCAUCCACGAAAGAACAUCAAAGAUUCCAAAAACAAAACUAAUCCGAUUUCAGUACCGAUAUUGAGUUAUUUCAAAUAUCAAGCUCGUGACAAAAUAUCACAAGGAACUACAUCUUAAGUGUCGUGAAAAGAUGAUUUAAAUCAUAAAAUUAAAAAAAGUUAAAAUUAAAAACUUCCGUGGUCAAAUUGACCAAAUUGACAUAAACUAUUCAAAGCGGUUCCCCCGGCCAAUGCAGAAGUACUCUCAAAUUUUUACCUUUUUUUCUGCCGUGUUUGAAUGCUUUUUUUUUCUGGUUUGAUAAAUGCAACAAUCUAGAAAACAGGGUGUAUCUUUUAUUGCAUCUUCUAUGGUUUUACAAUCAUUAUUAUAUAGAGAGUAGUUUCAUAUAU